GGCGUAGUCACCGAUGUGACUGUGAGCCGAUGCUAUUUUAAGAUCAGUUAGUAAAAUAUUCACACGAGGAACACUACGCGUGAUCGUGAAUUACAAAUGUCCAUCCGUGUAUAGUAAGAAAAAAGAUUAUAAUUCAUUCAUAAAAAGUGUUUACCUAAGUGUUUGUAAGUGACCGAGAGUGAUCGUAGCGCACAAAAAUGCAGUCUUCGACGAUUUUGGUGUUAAUUUCCAUGAUAUUGAUGAAUAGUGUCAACUGUGCAAGAAUUUUAGGGAUAUUUCCCAUGCCCUCAAGGAGUCAUCAGAUCGUAUUCCAAAGUUAUACCAAAGAAUUAGCCAAAAGAGGCCAUGAACUUGUUGUUAUAUCGCCUGACCCUUUUCCUCCUGAUACACGACCAGAAAACUUGACCGAUAUCGACGUAAGUUUUUCAUAUCAAGUUAUGAAAAAUCUUUUCACAGCCAAUUUAUUGGACUUGAAACAGGGAGUCAUCAUGGAUAUUGAUGCUAUCAUAGCUGGUAAUCUGUACGAAAAGUUCGUUUAUGCAUACGUUGACCAAAUGAAUCACCCACCAGUGCGAAAAUUGGUCAACGAUAAGAAUCAACGGUUUGAUUUGGUCGUGGUGGAAGGGUUUUUAGAUUACCAUUUGAUGUUUACGGAAAUUUUCAAAGCGCCGGUGAUAAUGUUCCCAUCUUUUAUGGGUUUUGCGGAACAGUAUGAAAUGCUUGGAGGGAUUGGAAGGCAUCCAAUUUUGUACCCCCAUCUCCAUAGAAACAAAUUUGAUGAUCUGAAUCUUUUUGAAUGGGCAAAAGAGUUGUAUUAUGAAUAUCGAAUGUAUGCGAUGUUUGAAAGAUUGGAGCACAAACAAAAUGAAUUGCUGAAGGAGAAUUUCGGAGCCAAUGCUCCAAAUGUGAAUGAACUAAGAGAUAAUAUUGACUUACUGCUUUUGAAUUCAUAUGCUGAUUUUGCUAAUAACCGACCAGUGCCUCCGAAUAUUAUUUAUUUGGGUGCAGUCCAAUUGCAGCCGGUUAAAGAAAUCCCAAAGAACUUAAAGGAUUAUUUAGACAGUUCAAGCCGUGGAGUCAUUUACGUCAGCUUUGGGAGCAACAUAAUGCCCUCAAGGAUGUCCAAGGAACUCUUGGGUGCAAUCCUGGAGGCGUUCGAGAAGCUGCCAUAUGAUAUACUGUGGAAAUUCGAUGGAGAUAACUUGGAAAACGUACCGAAGAACGUCAAAUAUAUGAAGUGGUUCCCUCAGAGAGAUUUGCUUUUCCACCCAAACAUCAAGGCGUUCGUCACGCAAUGCGGACUGCAGUCCACUGAUGAAGCCAUAGACGCUGGAGUGCCUUUAGUAGGUAUACCGAUGAUGGCUGAACAGGCCUACAACGCGAAGAAGUACAAAGACUUCGGAAUCGGAGUCAAACUGGAUCCAAUGACCUUGACAGCUGAUGAUUUCGUGAACGGUGUUAAUACUGUUGUGGAGGAUAUAAGUUACAAAAACAACAUAUUACGUUUAAAGAAGAUUCAUCAAGACCAGCCACAGAGUCCACUAGAGCGCGCAGUAUGGUGGACAGAAUACGUCAUCCGACACUCCGGCGCACGUCACAUGCGGAGUCCAGCGGCCAACAUGCCCUGGCAUAAAUACUACAUGCUAGACAUACUUCUGCCUCUUCUAGGAUUGUUUAUAACUGUUUUAAUAGUCGUGGCAACACUGUUGCGGUUUGUUUGUAAUAUCAUUGGAGUUUUUGGGGGAAAGGAGAAAUUUAAACAGAAGUGAUUGUAGAAUUUUAUAGCUUUUUAAUAAAAUGUUUUUGUUAUUCAAAAUUA